UGAUAAAAUGCUAAAUUAUGUUAAAAUUGCUUAGCAAAAAAAUAAUAAUGUUGCAAUGUAUGUAUAAUCCAAAUACAUUAGACUAUUAGAUUAAAAUUAUAAUACUAGGCGAGGUUGGAUUUGGUGACCAACUAAAAUGAAGUUAUGAAUUGUUAGCAAUCCAUUGAAAAACAAAGCACAAUGCACCUUUAAAGUCAUCAAGCUUGUGCAAUGAAAAUACAUCGUUGACCUCAAUCAAUAAUAGCUAAACAACUUCAUUAUAAACUUAGAUAUGAUGCAUAAACAUUCUUCAUUUCAAACCUUUCCAGUUUCCAACAUUUAUGCAUACAUUAUUGUUAGAUUAUUACUUAAGGGAACAGUAGAGAGUUACAUAGAACCCAUGGCAUAGAACCAAACUAAUUACAAGAUCAUGGAGAUCAUAAUUAAAGCAGGAGUUAUAACCUGCUUAACCAUCUCCUGCUGCUACUUCACAGGGUCUUGAGGAUUUUUCUUACUUUUAAAUCAUACCGGGAAUAGUCAAACCGGUUUAAGACGAAUUAAAUAUCCGGUUAUUCAAGAUUCACCGGCAACUUUAAUAACAUACCGUCGCCUUUGUCCUAAUGAAAAACAUCCUCGUCAACUCGCCGCUCCAAAACGGCAACGAUGUUAUUUCCCCACGUGAAACCCACGCGCUUCCAUCAACUCCUUCAUCCCCGCCUCUUCUCCGCCGCCGCCGCUCCUCUCCAGCAAUACUUCACAGACAAUAAGCCCCCGAUCAAACCGUGGCCGAAGCGUCUAUUCCCGAAGCGUCUAGUCUCGAUGAUCACCCAACAGCAGAACAUCGACCUCGCUCUCCAGAUCUUCCUCUACGCCGGCAAAUCACACCCCGGAUUCACCCACAACUACGACACCUACCACUCCAUCCUCUUCAAGCUCUCCCGCGCCCGCGCUUUCGAUCCAAUAGAGUCUCUAAUGGCAGAGCUUCGCAACUCGCACCCGCCGAUCAGAUGCGGCGAGAAUCUCUUCAUCGACUUGCUCCGGAACUACGGCCUCGCGGGCCGGUUCGAAUCCUCUCUAAGAAUCUUCCUCCUCAUCCCUGAUUACAACGUGAGACGCUCGGUUCGAUCCUUAAACACGCUCUUGAACGUUUUGAUUCAGAACAGGAGAUUCGAUUUGGUCCACGCCAUGUUUAAGAACAGUAAGGAGUCUUUUGGAAUCACUCCGAACAUCUUUACUUGUAAUCUUCUGGUCAAAGCUCUUUGCAAGAAGAACGAUGUGGAGAGUGCCUACAAGGUGCUCGACGAAAUUCCUGAGAUGGGUUUGGUGCCGAACUUGGUGACUUACACGACGAUUUUAGGUGGGUAUGUUGCGAGAGGGGAUAUGGAAGCGGGGGAGAAGGUUUUGGGAGAGAUGUUGGAUCGCGGGUGGGAGCCGGAUGCGACUACUUAUACUGUUUUAAUGGAUGGUUACUGUAAGUUGGGGAGGUUCGAUGAGGCGGCUAAGGUGAUGGAUGAUAUGGAAAGGAACGGGAUUGAGGCUAAUGAAGUGACUUAUGGUGUUAUGAUCAGGGCUUUGUGUAAGGAGGGGAAAGCCGGGGAGGCGCGGAACAUGUUCGAUGAAAUGCUUGAUAGUGGUUUCAUGCCGGAUUCUUCUCUUUGUUGUAGAGUUAUCGAUGCGCUGUGUGAGGAUUGUAAGGUGGAUGAGGCGUGUAGUCUGUGGAGGAAGAUGUUGAAGAAGAACUGUAUGCCUGAUAACGCGCUUCUCAGCACUUUGAUCCAUUGGCUUUGCAAGGAAGGGAGAGUUGCGGAAGCAAGGGGGUUGUUCGACGAGUUCGAGAAAGGCUCGAUCCCUAGUCUCUUGACGUACAACACGUUGAUCUCAGGGAUGUGCGAGAAGGGAGAGUUGACGGAGGCGGGGAGGUUAUGGGACGACAUGGUUGAGAGGAAGUGUAAGCCGAAUGCUUUCACGUAUAACGUUCUGAUCGAAGGGUUGUGCAAGAAGGGGAAUGUUAAGGAAGGAGUGAGGGUUCUUGAGGAGAUGCUGGAGAAUGGUUGUUUUCCUAAUAAAACGACGUUCUUGAUACUGUUCGAGGGGUUGCAGGAGUCAGGGAAAGAAGAGGAUGCGAUUAAGAUUGUGUCGAUGGCUGUUAUGAGCGGGAAAGUUGAUAGAGAAUGUUGGGAACUUUUCUUGAGGAAAUUUGCUGGUGAGCUAGACAAAGGGGCGGUGGUUCUUGAGGAGCUGCUGUUGCAUGAAGUUUCUGUCUCUUGAAGAAGCAAGACUCUGAUCAAAAUACUCAAUGAUCUCCUGAAGAUGAAGGUCAAAAGGGAAGAAACGCAGCGACUCAGGCCGCUCAUGAAUCUGGUUCAAGCUAUCUUACAUUAACCAUCCAUGAGAAGAAUUAUUGUAACCAUUCCAAUAAUCAUUGUUACAUUACACAUACACCUAAAAGAAAAGUCUGAUCUGAGAAAUUGAAAAACUAAUAUUAAAAUCUGUUGUAGAAUUGUUUUAGUUGUUAGUUAGAGUCAUUCAUAUGCAAUGCUUAGUCUUAUAUUUAAUCAACUAGUUAGUGAUAA